AUCAAAAUCCUUGCCAAGAAGAAGAACAGCAAUACAUGUAAUACUGACGAACAAUCCCUUCCAGAAAACUUUGCUAAAGAGACAACGAAGUCAUCCAAAGUCAAACAUGACGAGAGUAUAAGUGAACGGAAAACUGAAUACACGAAGAGAACUUCUGUACAAUGCGACAUGGGAGAAUAAAACGC